AUGGCUACUAUUCGUGCUGCAUUCCCGCAGCUUUCCUCCGCCGUGCGAUACAACGCUGCACGCCAAUUCCACUCUUCCCCCUUCCGCGCCGCCGUUCCACACCCAGUCACUGCCCAUGGUCCCCCGCCCAAAGCUCCGGCCCCAGUGGAGUUUAAGGAUAAAACCGGUCAAUCAGAGGUUGAGACGUCUUCAGAAGAGGAAUUACGAUCACGAUUAACUAAGCCUUCUCCGCUGAAGAAGCGCUUCUGGAAAGAUGUUCACGUUCACGGCAAAGCCGGUGAAUACCAAGUAUUGCUCGAUAAGCGCCCCGUGAGAACCCCGAACAAGGACAUUCUCUCAAUACCCUCAACCAAGCCUCAACUGGCGCACGCGAUCGCCGUGGAAUGGGAUGUGAUGACAUCUGCCCAACAAGCCCUCAAGAGCCACCUUAUCCCCCUGACAUCCCUCGCAGCCCGUGCCGAAGAUAUCAUUCGCGAAGAUGCCCGGGGCGAAACUACCACUCGAACACAGAUUGUCGAAACCGCCAUGCGGUACUUGGAAACAGACACCCUACUCUGUUGGGAGCCAGAGAGAGAAGCUGGGCUCUUUGGACGCAUGGAAGAGACGGGAGGCAAAACUGAGACACUACGUGAGAUCCAAAUCCGUGUUUCCAAGGAUAUCAUGAGCUUCCUGUCCACCAAGGUCUGGCCUGGAUUGGAGAUCACACCUAUCCUCGACACGAACAGCAUUAUUCCAUUGUCGCAGCCACCCACCACUCAGGAAACCAUCCGAGGCUGGGUCUCGCAACUGGCACCUCAUGAUCUGGCUGGGUUAGAGCGAGGUAUCUUGGCUUCGAAGAGUCUCUUGGUGGCUGUGCGCCUGUUGGUAGAAUGGAGUGAAAACUUCCGCCACAUUCAGCGAUCUGGUGUGAAGAAGUUUGGCUUGGACGAGGCGGCCGAGGCUUCGAGCUUGGAAGUCAAGUGGCAGACGGAUAUGUGGGGUGAAGUUGAGGAUACUCACGAUGUUGGUAAGGAGGACAUGAAGCGACAACUUGGUAGCGUUGUUGUUUUGGUCAGCGGCGAAACUCGUUAG